ACCUUCAAUUCCCUCUCUUCGGCUGCUCCGGCGAAGCUCUCUCCUCUUAUCCUCUCUCCUCUGUAUAAUACGUUCCGGUAAAUUUCUUGGUCCAACUGCGUGGUUCGCUUUCCCUCUUUGGGACUGAAUUGAAUCCGCCGUGUACUUUGCGCGUCUAUUCUUCGAUUUCCUGGUCCCUCCUUGAUUGAAGCUCCACGUCGAGCCAGAACCUCGCGCGCUGUUCUGUCUCAAGUCUGGACGCCUACGGUGCCUGCCCUUGAAUAAUCAUAAUACUCGUAUAAGUGGAGCAGUCUCGGGGAACCACGCGACUGCUCUCCACCCUACGUCCGAGGAGUCAGAAGCCAGAAGCAUUACAACGACUCUCAAGAAACAUUGAGAAUACCUGUUUCUCAGACGCGUCGAUUCUGCUUCAGAAAUAUACAACGCAAUGGCAACCGAAAUGCAGUCCUUUUAUACGCCCUCGACCUCGACGCACAUCUCCUCUCACGCUCCAGCCGCGGUCGACGAGCUGAUUAAUAAAUACUCUUCCACCAUGUCGGGCUCUACGAACCCAAACUCCUCUAGCAUCAGCCAUAUGAUGAAGAGCCCUCGCCGGAAUGUCAUACAGCGGUUUGCUGAUCGUAUUCGCCUCGAAUACUACCGGUACGAAGUCACAUUCGGACUCUACGUCAUGACCCCGGGCGAGAAACUCGUGGCCAACUCCUUCGUGAUGGUGGUGCUAUCACUGCUUUUCUGGGCCCUACUGCUGUAUUUCCCAACACUGCUCUACCAGAAGCUGACCCGCCUCGUAUGGUUGUUGACCGGCCAUAGCAGCGAGGAGAUGGGAGCCGCUCUGGGCAUCUUGGAGACUCAUGUUGGCUCUCUAUCUUCGUCGUUUUCUGGGGAUAGUGCGUUAUAAGAGAGACUGAAUCAACGCGCAUGGUAUAAAUAUAUAUCUCAAAAACUAUAUGUUCUUUGAUAUUCCUUCUGCAUCGGUGCUUUCGUAUCGAUGACAUGAGACGUUGGAAAUCGUUCUUGGUGAUCAUUACAUAUACUUUGUUCUUUAUUGUGGAGUUAGCACCGGGCGUUUUGGUCUUCGCCUAUGUUGGAAAGCGGCUCGCCGCAAAGAUUUAAUGAAUUGAAUGGUAAGGACUGACUUAUAAUGUGAGCACGAGUACUUCCGAGCUUGACAAGAGAUAAUGUGUACUCGAAGCUUGAGUGUCCAGCGGGAUCUAAUGCUAGUUCGCUUGGCCGGAGAUCCGCCUUUUUUUGUUUCCUUACAUAUACCUUGUGACUUCUUGACUGCCGGAGCAACUGUGGAUAAGUCAAACACUGUUGACUACCACAUGGUCAUUGGUACACGCUUAGUAAUGCUUAAUGUCAAAAUACGAGCCUGUGUACAAUUAACCAUAUUGGAUGUUAACGUACAUGGGUGUUAAUUUACAUGAAUAAUGCACUGAAUUAGGGGAGCUAGGGAGGACGAGUUAUAUAGAAAAUGCAAUCAAUUAUCGCAUCGCAAAAAGUUGCAGUUGGUUAACGAAUUACGUCUGGCGGCAGGGCGAAA